GAUGACAUAUUUGACAGUGACAAGCCCAGUACUAGAAUUAAGUUGAAAUAUAGCGGGUUCUAUAAUCCACGACACUCUAUAAGAUAAUGAACGAAAGGAAAGGGUAGAAAGGAACCUUGAGUAGGUUAUAAAAGCAUUCGAAAUGUUUUUAGUCAUUUCACCGUGUCACGCUUAUUAGAAUUAUUUUUCUUCUACGCGAAUCAAAUUAUGUUAAAAUGGAAAAAAAUCAACCAAUAAUUGCAUCCACUAAAGAAGCCGAAAGUAAUGGUUUAAAGAAAGACGUACCGUUAGAAAAAUAUAAAAACGGUCUCACCAGUAUUAGAGCUAUUGUAUUCUUAUUGUUGUGGUAUUUUUUUAGCGGCUGUACUUUAUUUUUAAAUAAAUAUAUCUUGACUUACGAAAAUGGAAAUCCCACUGUUCUGGCUGCUUGUCAGAUGUUAAUGACAGCAACUUGUGGAUUUAUUCAAUUAUAUUUUCCAUGUGGUAUGUACAAACCUAUGCAGAGGUUAAGUAAACCUCCUGGUUUUUACCGUCAUAUGAUUUUAGUUGGUUGUUUUAGGUUUUUUACAGUUGUGUUAGGUUUAAUAGCACUUAAUUAUGUAGCUGUUAGUUUUACAGAAACUAUAAAAAGUUCCGCACCUUUAUUUACAGUUUUGAUAUCGAGAUGUCUUUUAGGGGAACAGACGGGAUUGUAUGUGAAUUUGAGUCUACUUCCAGUUAUGUCGGGAUUAGCUUUGUGUUCUAUAAAUGAAGUUAGUUUUGAAUUGACGGGGUUUUUGGCAGCAAUGGCUACAAAUGUUACAGAAUGUAUUCAAAAUGUGUAUUCCAAAAUGCUAAUUUCUGGAGAUAAAUUUAAAUACACUCCAGCUGAAUUGCAAUUUUAUACCAGUGUUGCUAGCAUUGUAGUACAAAUACCAGCAACUUUGUUGAUGGUAAGAUUUUCGUUUGAUGACAAAAUUGGAUAUAAACUUUUGUUGUCCUUCGUAUUGAACGGGAUAUUUUUCCAUUUUCAAAGUAUAACAGCUUACGUACUUAUGGAUUAUAUUAGUCCAGUCACGCACAGUGUGGCAAAUACGGCCAAAAGGGCGUUUUUGAUAUGGUUAUCGGUGAUAAUGUUUGGUAAUCCAGUGACGAUGCUCAGUGGAUUGGGUACAAUAACUGUGAUAGUUGGAGUUUUAUUGUAUAUUAAAGCGCAAGAAUAUGAUCAAAAUGACAAACUUACUUCUGGGAAUUUAGUUCACAGAAAGGUUAGGGCUAUUUAGCAUAUUUAGGGGUUUUAUCAACAAGGGCAUUUAUUUUUUUUAUUGUUUUGUAUAGGGAUUUAAUAAUGACAUAAAUUGAAAUUUAUAUUGACAAAAUUUUUGUGAAAAUUAAAAGUAUACGGUACAAAAAAUUAUUGGUAAUUAAUUUUCAAUGUAAAUUCUAUAGGAAAUAUAAACCGUGAGCUAAAAAAUCGACUUACGUGAUACCCCUUUAAUCAAAAGUAACUUUUCGUAUUUUUCUUAGUGAAAUCUUAAAGUUAAUGCUAUUAUGUUAGAAAUUAUGUAAAAUAUUGUGAUGUUUUCUGCCAACAAUAUGUUAUAGUGGGUAACCACCCUUUUAAAGCUUCUUCAUAUUAACUGUUAACCAACUUUCAACUUUUUACGUGCCCCAGUGUGGUUUGUAGUUGCAGAAAAAUGACUUGUCUGAGUGAAAGGUUGAAUUCGUACGUGCUCAUAAGUGUUUAUGUAACAAACAGUCGACUGGGUACAAUGAAACUAAAAUUUUGGAGAAUAUAGGGGAUUGUUUUACCUUUUUGAAAAUUCCAGGACAAAGAAUGUUUUUUGCUAAACGCAUGGUCGCGUUCAUUCUGUUCGGCUUUAAAUUUUGGGUGUAUUUUUAACAUUCAUGAAGGUUUAGAGCACGUUGGGCACAUAGGCCUUCGGAUAGGCCCCUACUUGACAAAAGCUGAUGUCCUUUGAGAAGCCGAUCCUUAUCCGACAAGGCCAGAGGAGUCAGCGAAAAGUGGUUAGUCUGUUGUUUCAAGAGAUUACUAAGAGACUGGCAACGUUUCGAAUGUGCAUGUUUUGUUCAAAAUAAGUUCAGAACAUGAAUUCCUGCACGAAAGGUUUACGAACGCCUAGUUUGAACAAGUUCACCUAAUUUUGACAGUGACAAUUUGAAGUUUUUAUUCAGUCUCUGAAGACGAUAACUUGGACAGUGUAAUUGUGAAUGUUGGUGUAGUUGUGUGUUCAGUACACGUAGAAGUGUAGUGGUAUCGCAAAAUGGAAUUUCUUGAGGUUAUGUGGUACCAAGUGGCAUGUUUUUUGAAAAAUAUGAAUCAAUCUUUGUCGUUUUAAUGAACUGAAUUUAUUUUUUUUUACAUUUUUAGACCUUGAAUUAGUUUUUUGAAUGCCAUAUAGUAAUUUUCGAUUUGUGUAUAUUACAAAAUGGUGUAUAUCAAAAAUUGCUCAAUAAUGUCGAGUCAAUUUUAAAAAUGAACGUAUUAAGUCAAUGAAAGUGGAAUUUUUGAUUUCUAUAUACGAGACUUAUACAAAUUGAGGUUAUAUUUGUAUAUAUACACGUGUGAUAUUGUCGUCUCGUCAAUUUACAACAUUUCAGGUCUUUAUAAUUUAGUAUUUUUCAAAAUAAUGAAAAAAAUUUUUAUUUUAUGACUGAUUUACAUUCCGUUGAUGUAAUUAUUUAAAAAACCCAAUAAACUGCUUUUACGAUAAAUUUGCUAUGACUGACAGAUGUUUUACAUCGUUGCCACGUUGUGAUUAUUUUCCCAAUUAUUAAUGGAAAUUAAUUUUCGAUUAAAUUCAAUACGAAAUCAUAACCGAACUUUUGAAAUUCUUAUAUUGCACGUAUUUUAAGUUUAAUUAUUAAUUAAUUAAUUAAAUUACGUUUGCCAACGAUUUAAACAUAAUUUCCCUAGAUAUAUGAGUAUUGAUUUCCCCUACACUUUAGAAUUUGUUUACAAAUGUCAAAAUUGCAAACUUGUCGUAAUUAAUUUAACUGUAUAUAGUUUUCGAACUAAAUUCCAGAGGGCGUAUUUUAUUGUAUAGAAAUAUAAACAAUUUUUAUUUUUUUUUUCAGCACUUGUAUGUAUAAUUAAUGCAAUGUAUAUAUUGAUGUAAAUAUAUAUAAACGAAA